AUGGGCAAAUCCAUCCUCCUAAUCAACGGGCCCAACCUGAACCUCCUGGGUACACGCGAACCACACAUCUACGGGCACACAACACUCUCCGACGUGGAGUUGAACAGCCGCGAGGUUGCUGCCAGCCAUGGUGCCGUUCUUGAAUCCUUCCAGUCAAACCAUGAAGGCGCGAUCGUGGACCGCAUCCAGGCAGCGCGUGGCAAAGUCGAUGGUAUCAUCAUCAAUCCGGGCGCAUACACGCAUACUUCUGUUGCAAUCCGUGAUGCCUUACUCGGUGUUGAUACUCCCUUUAUUGAGCUCCAUGUGAGCAACGUUCAUGCGCGUGAACCUUGGAGACAUCACUCGUACUUCAGUGAUAAGGCGGCGGGCAUCAUCGUUGGUCUUGGGGUCUAUGGGUAUAAGGUUGCCGUUGAGCAUAUUUGUGUUAAUUUUGAGGAGAAGGAGAAGGAGCCCAAGGCUGUGCUGUGA